AUGAGUUUAAACCAGUUUUCUAAGGAAUCAGUUAACCAAUCUAAUGGCAAACUUUUAAAACUAAAGAAGGUGGAAAUUAUAAACAGUAAUGAGGAAGAUAUCAAUAAGAAGAAGAAAGGAAAAAUCUGGAGGGUCUUAGAAAAAGUUCAAAGAAAUGAUAAGACAUAUAGAGUAUAUAGAUGUGGGUGGUGUAAAUCUUUUCUUAGCAAAAAUGCAACGCAGUGUAUCAUGUGCCUUACCCACAAGCAAGGCAAGAUACAUUUCAAGUGUGGAAUAGGUGCUCGAAAGCAACAGAUAAAGUCAAGAAACAAAAAACAAAUAGAUAAAGAUGUAAAAGCGGAUAAGUUGUGGAGAAUUUCAUGCGCAUAUAGAUACAAAGAUGACAAAGUGAUAUAUAAAGACAAAUGUGGCUGGUGUCAUUCAUUUUUGGCUAAGGAUGCAAAGCAGUGCCAUGUUUGUCUUAUAAGAAAAGAAAAGCGGGAAAAUGUCACGACUAACAGAAGUUUUCUCAAGAAAAAAUCUGUAUCUAAAACUGCGAAGUCACACUCAACAAGUGACUCAGUAGUCAAAGAUGUCACUAACCCUUAUCAAAAGUCAAGUACAGGAAAGUCAUCAAUGAGACAAGACUCAUCAGCUAAUAUACUAGAGAUCGAUAAUCUAAACAAAGACACUGCAAAGAAAAGUAAACCAAAAUGCAAAUUGCGUAAGUCUGCUGUGAAAAAGGAUUCCCAAAUUAAAGUGUCCUACUAUACAUCAAGAACCGGGAAUAUUAUCAAAAUGUACAAAUGCUCUAAGUGCAGCCGUUUUUUGAAAAAUAACUCCAAAAAAUGCACCAGAUGCUCUGACCUUUUAAGAAGACGCCUCACUCAUCCUAAGAUUUCUUCUGAAAAAUCAAAAAUGAUUGCUGAGGCUAAAAAGAACAAGCUCGUAUUAAAGUCCAUCCAGCCUAUUGGGGAGGAAGGACCAAACGAUGCUAUAUUCAAAUAUGUAGCAAAAUUAUGCAGAAUUUGUAAAAGAAUUGUCAAGAAACCAGAGGAAGAGUAUUGUUAUAAAUGCAGAGAGAAGAGUAGAUAUAAGAAGAUAUUAAAAGCAAUGAAGGCUGAGAAGAGUAAUGAAGAUGAUGCUGGAACAAAUACGAGUGAUGCGGUAGAACAUGGAAGCCCUGCUGAGAACGAAGUUUCUAGGUCUAAUGAGGCAAAGAAGGUAGUGAAGCUAUGCAGUAUUUGUAAGAGAAUAGUCAAAAAACCACAUGAAGAUUACUGUUAUAAAUGCAGGGAAAGGAGCGAAUACAAAGAUAUAUUGCGAGCAUUAAAAGCAAAUAAGGAGUUGCGACAAGCUAACGAUCCGAGUACUAUACAAGCAAAUGACGACAAGUUUGAGUUCGUAAAUGUUGAAGCACCAAGCACUGAAAAUGGCCGAGAGAACGUUCUUGAUGAAAAUAGUCAGAGCUUAGGCUCAUCUGCCAACAGAAAGGGUGAAAAUGAGGUUACAUAUAACGAAUAUGAAGAAGACGAACCUAAUUACAUAUCUUUGAAAGAUAUCGAAUUACUUACUGGACUGCAAGCGAAAGACAAAUGGAAAAACCUACGUUCUGUAUUCGUACGAAACUUAAAACCUGCUGCUAGUGGAUCAUCAACAAAAAAGAAAUACUAUUUGACAGAUUCAAUGCAGUUUGCUCUUCCUUAUAUAAAAUCUGCUGCAAUUCCAUCUGGCAGUUUGCCUAAUCCGAUUAAUCAAGACAAUGAAUCACAAGCAUCUACACCGACCGCAUCACCACCGCCCUCGGCAUCACCACCGCCUUCCGUAUCACCAUCGCCCUCGGCUUCACCACCGCCCCCGACAUCACCUACUGCAUCCUCCAGUCAACACACUGAACGUACUCCAACCCCGCUAUCUGUCUCAACUUGGCGUAGUUCCUCUCAGCGUCAUAAGAAUAGAACGAAUGAGAAUGAUAAACUCUUCAAUGAAUAUUUGAAAACGAAAAUGAGCAAGCCAAAUGUCAAUGACGAGUCGACAAAGAAUAACGCCAACAAGAUGUUUUUGUUAAGUUUGCUGCCAGAAUUAAAUUCUAUGACAUCCACACAAAUAAGAUCAUUCAAACGUCAAGUUAUAGAUGUGAUAGAUAACAUACUGAAUGUACCUACCACUUCAUCUAAGCAAACGCCGGCGCCGGCCUUAGUUCAUAUACCAAAUACUUCAAGUAUAUUAUCUUCGCAGACAUCUCCGUUUGUAGGACCCGAAAUACAACACCCAAGUAAAUCGUCCUCGCAGGUAACAACUGACAUAGAAUUACCAAUAGAAACCAAUAAUGAUAUAAUCGAAUAUACAACCGACGAUGGAGUAAAUGCAGCUACAUAUAUUCAACUACUCCAAAAUACUGUAGGUGAAGUAAAUUAUACUCAGAAUUGA